AUGCAGUAUACAUCGCCAUGGGCGUCUCUGGCGAUUCCGAAGUGCAAUAUUUUGUCCUACAUCUACCCUCCCGCCGAAUCACCAUCUGAAAAACCCAUAUGGAUUGACGCCGAUGACACCUCAAAGCGCUUGUCACCAGCUCAAAUGCUAUCCUGGAUCAAAAGAUUCGUUGUGGGCCUAGACCGACUUGGAAUCCAACAGCAAGAGGUCAUCAUGGUCUUCACUCCGAAUCACCUAUUUGUGCCCAUGGCAUACCUGGCAGCGGCAGGAUCGCAACGUCACUUCACUGGUGCAAAUCCCAUUUAUACGGUGAACGAAGUUGCACACCAAAUGAAAGCGAUUGAAGCUGCUGUGGUGCUCAUCCACCCGUCACUCCUAGAGACCGGCAUCGCCGCGGCAAAACUAGCCAAUAUCUCUCUUGAUCGGCUCUUCAUCUUCUCUGAAUCGCAAUGCCCUACAACUUCAGGUGUACGCGACUGGCGCACCAUGAUUGCUUCUGAAGAGGAUGCUGCUUCCUGGAAGUGGGAUCCACUGGAAGGCGAGGCCGCGACACGGACCACUGCCGUGAUCAAUUUCUCCAGCGGCACCACAGGCCUCCCAAAGGGGGUCUGCAUCACACACCACAACCUCGUUGCCAACACUGCCCAACUUAUAUUCAACAAGUACCAAGGGACAGGUCAUUCACCCGAGAAUCCCGGACCUCCUGAACGAUGGUUAUCAUUUUUGCCCCUCUAUCAUGCAUACUCCCAGCUCGUCACGAUAAACGUUGCCUCUAAGCUACAGAUUCCAGUGUAUAUCAUACGCAGAUUUGUGUUUGAGGACUUCCUCAAAUUCAUCCAACAGUUUAGAAUCACAACGCUUUGGCUGGUGCCACCGAUCUUGGUCAUGAUGGCCAAACGUCCCGAAACAGCUAGAUACGACAUCAGCAGUGUGAAGCAUGCGCUUUCUGGAGCAGCCCCUCUGUCAAGUGAUCUUCAGAAUGAAAUUAUGGCUCGCUUUGAGCCUUUGGUUGUUUGUCAAGCAUGGGGAAUGACAGAAACUACAUGUGCCGGGAUUGGGACACCGGGAUUGACGAAAGACCUCACUGGCAGUAUCGGUUACCUUUUACCCAAUACUGAGGCUCGAUUGGUGAAUGAUAAGGGUGAGGACCUGACGACAGAUGCCGAGCCAGGAGAAUUAUGGCUGAGAGGUCCGCAGAUUAUGCGGGGGUACUGGAGAAACGAACAAGCUACGCAAGACAGCUUAACAGCGGACGGUUGGUUCAAGACUGGCGAUGUAGCUGUGACUAGGCAGGGGAAGUGGUGGAUCGUGGAUCGGAAAAAGGAGUUGAUCAAGGUCAAUGGACUUCAAGUCGCGCCCGCGGAGCUAGAAGCUGUGCUCCUCGAGCACAAGGACGUAGCCGAUGCUGCUGUCGUAGGUAUCAACCUGCACAACGAAGAAUUCCCGCGGGCAUAUGUUGUGCUGCAGGAGCACGCCAAAGGAAAGACCACCGUUCUAGACGUCCAGGAUUUUGUCGCUCAGAGAGUGGCAAAACAUAAAAGGCUGACUGGUGGGAUCAAGUUCAUCGAUGAAGUCCCUAAAUUGGCGAGCGGAAAGAUCGUGCGGAAGUUGAUAAAGGAGUGGGCAAGGAACGAUGUAAAAGAAGUUGAGAGGAUCGUCAAGGCUAGGCUGUGA